UCCGCCUCCUCCCCUCCUCCCCGCGCGUGUGGGGCGGAGUUCUGGAACGUCGUGUAACCAAUGCGGUGACGUCACGCACCCCGGGGCGGCCCCCGCCUGUCCGCGCUCACACUCGGCCCCCCGUGGACCGCGGCGGACCCACGGGGGCGGGGCGCGAACCCCGCGGCCUGAGGGGGGCCCCGCCUCCCGGCCGGCGGGGCGCGGACGAAGAGGGGGAGCGCACCCCGACUCCCCUGAUCACAUGGGCUGCGGGGGGGCGGGAAGACCGGGGGAAGGGGCGGCGCGGAGAGCCGGCCGUGGCUCCUCACCCGGGCCGGGAGGAGACGCCCCCCCGCCCCGUCCCCCCGCACUAGUUCGUCCUCUCCAUUCAAGUUCGCCGGGCCUGGCCGCGGGGAUCGCGGAUGGCACCAGCCGCCCGGCCAGCUCUGCGCCCGGUUUCCAGCCACCGUGCAGAAAUUUAGGUCAAGGACGUCGGGAGCAAACCCACACCCUGGCGCUCUUCGGGCGGCCCCCGAGACCCCCACCCCAGGAUCGGGAAGGAGAGGGGGCUUCAGGAUGGCGGAGACCCCCCCACCGGCACAAACACCGGCCGCAAGUUUUAUUUUGUCUUCACGCUGCAAGUUCGGCGCUCGCUCCGCACCGGAACGUCUUGCGCGGCUCCCGCCCUUCCCCGCCAGAGGAUUAGAAGACAAUGGAAUACACUCAACACCAAACUGUACCAAAUCCACUGUGGGUCCUAGAAACGUGGAACUUUUGGAAAAUCACACCAGCAGCCCAAGCCUUAGGCGACCAGGCCCUCACCCUCCCUGGCCUCUAAAUUGAGCUAAUACCUCUCUGACGGGAUGGGUGAGGUGGGGGUGAAGUAUCAAAAGUGAACAAAUUUUUCAUUGCACACUUAA